GGAAGAGACCAUAUAAGGAAACAGAGCAUCAUAAGCAGCAGCAGCAGCAGUAGCAACAGCAGCCGAGCGGAGCUGAAACCUGCACAGAGGAAAAGUCACAGAAGCUGCAGCAGAAAUAUGGACCGAGUGAGGACCGCGUUUAACAACUUGAUAAACAGCGAGCGCUACAGCAGGUUCUCGCUGCAGCCGGCGGCGGACAGAGUGAGACACGUGGAGGUGAAACUGUCCGAUGAAGACGACGCCACGGGCGACGUCCCGGAGGUGGAGGCCCAGCCGGGCAGCUCACUGGCGAGUCUCGGGCCAGAACCUCUGCGCCAUAGCCGUCGUAAUCUGUGCUACCUGGUGCUGGGGACACUGCUGGUGUUUGUCAUUGGAUACCUCGUUGGUUACGUCAGCCACCGUAAACUGGAGCCGGUGAAACCAGAAUUGAAUGAGGCUGUCGAAGCUCAGACAGAAAAUCAACCGCCCGAAACAGCGGUGCCUAAAUUUGCUCCACCUACAGAUUUACCACUGCAGUGGUCGGAAAUCAUCAAGAAACUCGCACAGAGACUCACCAGCCAGGCUUUUGACAAGACACUCCGGGACUUUGAUUUGCCCAGACGUUCAACAGGAAGCGUGGAGGAUGAGAGUCUGGCGAUCCGCGUCCACGAUGAAUUCAUGAACCUGGACAUGGAUCCAUGGACUGACUUUCACUAUGUUCAGCUCCAGAAGCCAGACAGCAAUCGCCCGAACCAUGUCAUUUUUGGGUCCAAUGACUUCAAGCCCACGGGGUAUUUGGCCUACAGUGCCACUGGAAGAGUUCAGGGGAAGUUGGUGUACGGCAACUACGGCCGCGGUCAGGAUCUGGACGCAGUGCAGAAGAAGGACGUCGAGCUGAAGGACAGCGUCCUGCUGCUCCGUAAGGGAAAGAUCACAUUCGCAGAGCAGGUGGCGAACGCUGCAGCAAAAGGUGCCUCCGCUGUUCUGAUCUAUCCAGACAGUCAGGAUUACAAGUAUGAAGGAAACACCGCUCUGUUUGGACAUGUCCAUCUGGGUUCAGGUGACCCGUACACCCCCGGAUUCCCCUCCUUCAACCACACUCAGUUUCCUCCUACACAGUCUUCUGGCCUUCCUACAAUCCCAGCCCAGACAAUCACAUCCAACAUGGCCAACACUCUUCUACAACAAAUCGGCGGCCCUGAACCCGACGCCAGCAGCGGAUUCAGCGGCGGCUUCCGCUCGCUCUCCUACAGACUGGGAGGCAGUGAGAAUGUCACUGUCGAGGUGAACAACGCACUGGUGAACACAAAACUGCGCAACGUGUUCGGCGUCGUCAAAGGAUUCACUGAUCCUGAUCGCUACAUUGUCCUCGGAGCUCAGAGAGACGCCUGGGGUAAAGGUUACACCAGAGCCAACGUUGGAACAUCUGUACUGCUGGAGCUAGCGAAGGCCUUCAGUGAGAUGGUGAGCAAAGAUCAAUUCAGGCCAAAGAGAAGCAUCGUGUUCGCCAGUUGGAGCGGGGGAGAGUAUGGAAAUGUUGGCGCCACUGAGUGGUUGGAGGGUUAUAUGUCCUCUAUUGGCAAAAGUGUUUUCACCUACAUAAGCCUGGAUGGACUGGUUAUGGGUCGAGGCAGCUUCAUGGCCUCAGCGAGUCCUCUGCUCCACAGCCUCAUUGAGUCCACUAUGAAAGAGGUGAAGAGUCCACUCGGUUCUGGAACCGUGUACGACAUGGUGGGACAAAGCAACUGGGAGGCCAACGUAAUGAAGCCCAUGUCGAUGAAUGACCCUGCUUAUCCCUUCAUAGCCUUCUCUGGAAUUCCCUCUCUGUCUUUCCACUUCAUAUCCCCUAAUACCGAGUCCUACACAUACUACGACACCAACCUGGACAACAUGGAUCACCUCGACUACCAGACCAACCACCGCACGAGCGAGAUGACGGCGGCAGCGGCACAGUUCGCCGGUGUGAUGGCGGCGCAGCUCGUCCACGACCACCUGCUCAGUCUGGACGUGAGCCGGUACGGGGACGAGAUCGACAAGGCAGUGAAGCUGAUCUACAACCACAUCAAACAGCUGCAACGGUCUGGUCAGCUGAAGGACCUGAAUCUCUCCUGGUUGAUCCAAGCACGAGGCUCUUUCUACCGCGCUGCAGAAAGCAUCGGCAGAAGCGUCGCCAACAGUGACUUGGAAAACCCCAAAUCCUGUCGACUCAUCAACGACAAGCUCAUGACGGUGGAGCACUUCCUCCUCUCACCCUACGUGUCUCCCACUCAGACUCCCUUCCGUCACAUCCUGCUUGGCCGCGGCUCCCACACACUGGCGUCCAUCGCCAAGAUCACUGACAUGGACCAGCUCCGCGUCCAGCUGGCUCUGGCCACGUGGAUCCUGCAGGGCUGCUCGUACGCCAUGGUGGGUGACAUCUGGGACAUCCAUGACAAGAUCUGAGAUGGAGGGCGGAGACGAUGCAUGAGCGUGGCAAAAAAAACAAAACAAUUCAGGUCUACCAUCGAGCACAGGGAAGAGUGUGGUAAAAUCAAGACUAAAAUUUGAAUUUCUUUUUCCCGCUGAAUUCAACUCUUCAAAUUUACAACAUCUGAUUUUCACUUUUGUUUUUCAGUGUUCAAAAUUUGACUUGUACGUAUACGUACUUAGACGUAUUCAAAACACUCAAAUUCAAUAACUAACAGUUCAGUUCUGCCUCUGCCAACGUAACUCAUUUUCAAGCCAGAAUUGAAUUUAAACACAUAAUGUACCUAAGAGUAUGAGUGCCACAUCUAAAAUAAAAAUGUGAGAGAUAAAAAUAAAUACAACAGCAUGAAUUCU